GUUGGACGCGCUACCUUGGCCACCUCCCAAGGUAUGUUCCCGACGAAGCGCCGUCUUGGUCUACCAGCAGCAAUUCGCUCGAUUUCUCUCUCGAACAACAAUUUCUCACUCUCUCGCCAUCUUCAGCACACGCCAGAGUCCGUUUCCGAUUCCACAACCCGACAAGGUAGCCAGCGGUCAACAUGAAUAUCUUGGAAUGGGCUUUUGGCAAGCGCAUCACGCCCGCAGAGCGUUUGCGCAAGAACCAGCGACUUCUUGACAAGGCCAUACGGGAGUUGGAUCAACAGCGCGUCAAGCUCGAAAAGCAAGAAAAGGCACUCGUCACCCAGAUUCGUCAGAGCGCGCAAAAGGGCCAAAUGGGUGCAUGCAAAGUUCAAGCAAAAGACUUGGUUCGCACGAGGAGAUACGUUGAAAAGUUCUAUGGGAUGAGGAGUCAACUCCAGAAAGUGUCCCUCCGACUCCAGACAUACCGCACAAACGAACAAAUGAUGCAGGCAAUGAAAGGGGCGACGAUGGCUCUCGGCAGUAUGAACCGCACAAUGAACCUCCCCUCCCUCCAACGCAUUGCUAUGGAAUUCGAGCGCGAGAACGACAUCAUGGAACAGCGGCAGGAGAUGAUGGAUGAUGUUAUGGACGACGCCAUGGACGUUGGUCUUGAAGAAGAAGGAGAUGAGGUGGUGGAGCAGGUCUUGGAGGAAAUCGGCGUUGACCUGAGCCAAUCGCUCGGCGAGACCCCGUCAGGAUUACAGUCGAAUGCUGUGCCAGAAACCAAGAUUGCUCAAGCAGUUGGCGGUGGUGGUGGUGGUGGCGGAGCCGAUCCCGGCGACGAUGAUCUCCAAGCGCGGCUUGAUAGCUUGCGACGAUGAGUGCGGCCUCUACUCUUCGAACAACACGUUACGUCGUAACGACCCGUCUAUCGUACAAAUAUUGGGCUAUAGGAGCCAGGCCCAGGAAACGGGUCAUUUACGAACCAAACCAGGCGUCCGAUCUUCCUCGAACAUUUGUC